GAACCGAGCCCGUUCCCAGCCCGUUCCAUGCCGCGCCGAACCGCCCCCCCCUUCCCGCCCGCCCGGCGGAGCUCGGCGGCCCCGGGAGCGGCGGUGGCGGGGCUGGCGGGGCUCCGGGCCGUGGCCGUGCUGCUGCUGUGCUCCGGGCCGGGGCGGGCGCAGCCAUUCGCCUUCUCCUUCCCUUUCCAGGACCCGGCCCUGCCCUGGCACCGCCGCCUCGACGACCUGCUGGGCCGGCUGAGCCCCGCCGAGCUGGUGCUGCAGGUGGCGAGGGGGGGAGCGAUGGGGAACGGCCCCGCGCCCCCCAUCCCCCGGCUGGGCAUCGGGCCCUACAACUGGAACACCGAGUGCUUGCGGUGCGACGCGGAGGCCCCCGGCUGGGCCACGGCCUUCCCCCAGGCGCUGGGGCUCGCUGCCGCCUUCAGCCCUGAGCUCAUCUACCGGGUGGCCAACGCCACCGCCACCGAGGUGAGAGCCAAGCACAAUGACUUCGUUGCCACCGGCCGCUACGGGGACCACACUGGGCUCAGCUGCUUCAGCCCCGUCCUGAACAUCAUGCGGCACCCGCUGUGGGGCAGGAACCAGGAGACCUACGGGGAGGACCCGUUCCUGAGUGGGGAGCUGGCCCGCAGCUUCGUGCAGGGGCUGCAGGGUCCUCACCCCCGCUACGUCAAGGCCAGCGCCGGCUGCAAGCACUUCAGCGUGCACGGGGGCCCCGAGAACAUCCCUGUCUCCCGGCUCAGCUUUGAUGCCAAGGUGCUGGAGCGGGACCUGCGCACCACCUUCCUGCCCCAGUUCCAGGCGUGCGUGCAAGCCGGCUCCUACAGCUUCAUGUGCAGCUACAACAGGAUCAACGGCGUUCCCGCCUGCGCCAACAAGAAGCUGCUGACGGACAUCCUGCGCGGGGAGUGGGGGUUCGAGGGCUACGUGGUGAGCGACGAGGGGGCCCUGGAGCUCAUCAUGCUGGGGCACCACUACACCCGCACCUUCCUGGAGACGGCAGUCGCCUCCAUGAACGCCGGCUGCAACCUGGAGCUCUCCUACGGCAUGAGGAACAACGUCUUCAUGCACAUCCCCCAGGCUCUGACCACGGGCAACAUCACGCUGCAGAUGCUGCGCGACCGGGUCCGGCCUCUCUUCUACACGCGGAUGCGGCUGGGGGAGUUCGACCCCCCGGCCAUGAACCCCUACAGUGCCCUGGACCUGAGCGUGGUGCAGAGCCCCGAGCACCGCAACCUCUCCCUGGAAGCUGCUGUCAAGAGCUUCGUGCUGCUGAAGAACGUGCGGGGGACGCUGCCCCUCCGGGCCCAGGACCUGCCCGGCAAACGCCUCGCGGUGGUGGGUCCCUUCGCCGACAACCCCCGGGUGCUGUUUGGGGACUACGCGCCGGUGCCGGAGCCGCGGUACAUCUACACUCCCCGGAGAGGGCUGGAGACGCUGCCGGCCAACGUCAGCUUUGCGGCGGGCUGCCGGGAGCCGCGGUGCCAGCCGUACUCGCGGGCAGAGGUGGUGGCUGCGGCGGGGGCGGCCGACGUCGUGGUGGUCUGCCUGGGGACAGGGGCGGAUGUGGAGACGGAGGCGAAGGACCGGAGGGACCUGUCCCUGCCAGGCCACCAGCUGGAGCUGCUGCAGGACGCCGUGCAGGCGGCCGCCGGGCGCCCCGUCAUCCUGCUGCUGUUCAACGCGGGGCCCCUGGACGUGAGCUGGGCACAGGCACACGAGGGCGUGGGGGCCAUCCUGGCCUGCUUCUUCCCUGCCCAGGCCACCGGCCUCGCCAUCGCCAAGGUCCUGCUGGGCGAGACAGGGGCCAACCCAGCCGGCAGACUGCCAGCCACGUGGCCCGCAGGCAUGCACCAGGUGCCACCGAUGGAGAACUACACCAUGGAGGGGCGGACGUACCGGUACUACGGGCAGGAUCCCCCGCUCUACCCCUUCGGCUACGGGCUGUCCUACACCACCUUCCAGUACCGGGACCUGGUGCUGAGCCCCCCGGUGCUGCCCGUCUGUGCCAACCUCUCCGUCUCGGUGGUGCUGGCGAACACGGGGCAGCGGGAUGGCGAGGAGGUGGUGCAGUUGUACCUGCAGUGGGAGCAGUCGUCGGUGCCGGUGCCCCGCUGGCAGCUGGUGGCUUUCCGCCGCGUGGCCGUGCCAGCCGGCCGGGAGACCAAGCUGUCCUUCCAGGUGGUGGCGGAGCAGCGUGCCGUCUGGGCACAGGACUGGCACCUCGAGCCCGGCACCUUCACCCUCUUCGCCGGCGGGCAGCAGCCAGGCCAGCAGACGCGGGCGCCCUCGGAGGUGCUGAGCGCCCGGUUCACCGUCACCGGCGCAGCCCGGCCCCUGCGCGGGUGCUAGAGGUGGGGGUGACCGUGGGGUGCAGCCCGGGGUGCUGGGGGGUCCCAUGUGCCACGUGGUUGUCCCACACAAUAAAGUGCUGGGUGC